AUGGGAUCGACAGUACAAAAUCAGCCGUUGAAAUACAGUGUGAUAGACAGCAGUAUCUUAUGGUUCUGCUCUUCAAGAAACCUAACUCUAUUACAGAGGAAGAUACCUGAGGUCGAUAUGGAGACAGUUAUCUCUAUGAGUGGAUGCACGUCGUUAUUAGGCUGGACAACCGACUUCCCUAGCUCUACCGAUGGUAUCAUUGCAGCUGCUCAAGAAGUGGACUGA